GGGUAGCUCAGGCGCAAGCCCUCAUGUGGGAGCCGCCUCUGGCCUUUCUAAGUCCCCUCGCCUUUUGCCAGCCAACGUGAGCGGACGCAAGGGCCCCGGAGAGCUGCCAGAGACAACAGCUCCAGAAUGAAAAUGCGGCUCUUGGGGUUGGUGGUCUGUUUGGUCCUUGGGACUGUGCAUUCAGAGGGGCCCAGAAGGAAGCGGACAUCUGUGGAUCCUGAAGUAAACAUGAAUGUGAGUGAAAUUAUCUCUUACUGGGGAUUCCCUAGUGAGGAGCACCUAGUUGAGACUGAAGAUGGAUAUAUUCUUUGCCUUCACCGAAUCCCUCACGGGAGGCAGAAUCAUUCUGAUAAAGGCCCCAAAACAGUUGUGUAUCUGCAGCAUGGCUUGCUUGCAGAUUCCAGUAACUGGAUCACAAACCUUGCCAACAGCAGCCUGGGCUUCAUCCUUGCUGAUGCUGGUUUUGAUGUCUGGAUGGGGAACAGCAGGGGCAAUACCUGGUCUCGGAAACACAGGACUCUUUCAGUUUCUCAGGAUGAAUUCUGGGCCUUCAGUUUUGAUGAGAUGGCAAAUUAUGACCUACCAGCUUCAAUUAACUUCAUUCUGAGUAAAACUGGCCAAGAACAGUUGUAUUAUGUGGGUCAUUCUCAAGGCACCACUAUAGGUUUUAUAGCAUUUUCACGGAUCCCUGAGCUGGCCAAAAGGAUUAAAAUGUUUUUUGCCCUGGCUCCUGUGGUUUCACUUAACUUUGUUACUAGCCCUCUAGCCAAAUUAGCACAUAUGCCAGACCUGAUCUAUAAGGACUUAUUUGGAGCCAAAGAUUUUUUACCGGAGAAUGCAAUUGUGAAGUGGCUGGGUACCCAUGUUUGUAGCCAAGUCAUUCUGAGGAAGUUGUGUGAAAAUAUCAUGUUUGUUCUGUGUGGAUUUAAUGAGAAAAAUUUGAAUAUGUCUAGAGUGGAUGUGUAUAUAACACACUCUCCUGCCGGAACUUCUGUGCAAAACAUGAUACACUGGAGCCAGGCUGUUAAAUCCCCAAACUUCCAAGCCUUUGACUGGGGAAGCACUGCCAGGAAUUAUUUUCAUUACAACCAGACUUACCCUCCCACUUACAAUGUGAAAGACAUGCCUGUGCCAACUGCAGUCUGGAAUGGGGGCCGGGACUCGCUCGCAGACGUUAGUGACGUCAGUAUCUUACUGACCCAGAUCACCAAUUUGGUGUACCACAAGUACCUUCCUGAAUGGGAGCAUCUCGACUUUAUCUGGGGCUUGGAUGCCCCUUGGCGGAUGUAUAAUGAACUUGUUAAUCUAAUGAGGAAAUAUCAGUGAAAGCCAGACUUGAGAAAUUUAUAGCCAAGUUGUUGGUCAAGAUGUGUUAAAAUUUGAUUGCUUAUUUCCUAUAGAAUACUUGUUUCUCUUUCCCAGGCUUUUCUAUUUUUAAACCCUAGGAAAUGGAUUUUGAACAUACCAGUUUCUCACUAGUUAGGAUUAGAAACAUAUUAGCAAUUUUUUUUCCCCUGUAUUUUUCUCCCAUUCUGUAUGGGACCCUCUAUUCUAAUCCCUGUCAGAGUGGUCAGUGGUGGUAGCUGGGCACCAUCUAGUUCUUCAGGAUGGUG